CCAUAAACUUCAACUUUAUGCGCUUCGCAUCGCUUUAUUUCAGAUUAAAAAUAAACGUCAGACGAAGUUAUGAGGCUGCUGCCCCGAACAGGCACCACAGAGCUCAAUUUCCUACGGGGUCCUCGUGCUUUCCUCCGUUUCCUGUUUCCAGACGUCAAGUAGCGAAGAUCCGCCCCUCGGCUCCGUCACUUCCUGGAGACGCUGGACUUAUUUUCCUAUGGAAAAUGGCGGCUUCGAGCCCAGAUCGCGCUCUGGAUGGGGAAGAGACCGAACCGGGGGCCGAAGCAGAGCCCGACUCGGACCCCUGGGCGGGACUGGGGCCGAUCGUCAAGCGAGAGCCUGUGGUGAAGCUGCAGAGCCCGGUGAGCGGCCUGGAGCCGCUUUCGUGGUCGGAAGACCAUCGACUCUCGGCCUCCAACACUAACAGCAUCUCUUUAAUGGAGAUCGUGUGCGACAUCCACGGCUACUGUCAGGAUCUGGUCAUCCACAGGACCUCCAUCCCUGUGCCCGAAACUCCCUGCGUGCUCAAGGUCGGCCCUGAUCCGGUGGUGUCGAAGCUGAAGGAGACGUUCGCCGGUUCGAAGGACCCCACGGUCAGCCAGCCCUUCAUGCUGGACCGGAUGCUGAACCCCACUGCGGGAUCGCUGCCCCCGCUGCGCGGGUUCAAGUACACCAGCUGGUCCCCCCUGGGCUGCGACACCAACGGCCGGUGUCUGCUGGCCUCCCUGACACUGGACAAUCGGCUCACCAUACACGGCAACCUCAACCGACUCCACUGGACCCCGCUGGUGGACCUGACCGAGGUGUACGGGGAGAUGCUGGCGGAGAAGGGCUACCAGCUCCCGGGAGCCGAGCCCCCCCUGGGGGAGCUGGAGGACUUCCCCGAAUUCCAGAGGCGGCACCGCAUGCAGUGCCCCGUGCGCAUGGAGUGGUCCAGCGUCUGCACCACCCAGCAGGUCCAGACCAACAACGAGUGCAAGGACGUGGGCACGGUGCUGCUGGCGGCGCUGCUGGAGAACGGCGACCUGGUGGUCUGGCAGUUCCAGCUGCCCUUCCAGGGCAGGGGCUCCGUCGUGUCCUGCAACACCAUCCAGUCGGGCGUGUCCGCGCCCAGCGUGCUGGCCUGGUGGGAGUACGAGCACGGCGGGCGCAAGAUGAGCGGCCUGAUCGUGGGCAGCUCCGUGGGGCCCGUCAAGAUCCUGCCCGUGAACCUGAAGGCCGUGAAGGGCUACUUCACCCUGCGGCAGCCGGUGGUGCUGUGGCAGGAGACGGACCAGAUUCCCGUGCACAACAUCAAGUGCAUCUCCCUCUACCACCCCUACCAGAAGUGCAACUGCAGCUUGGUGGUGGCCGCCCGGGGCUCCUACCUCUUCUGGUGCCUCCUGCUGAUCUCCAAGGCCGGCCUGAACGUCCACAACUCGCACGUCACGGGCCUGCACUCCACGCCCAUCACCUCCAUGACGGCCAGCCGCUACGGGGGCUCCAUCUUCACCUGCUCGGCCGACGGCAGCGUCAAGAAGCUGACCCCCAUCUUCACCGACGUGGCCGUGAUGUUCAAGCAGGAGCAGAUCCGGCUGCCCGAGGGGGUGGCCGGCCGGCGGACGCACGGCAUCGCCGUCAGCCCCAAUGGGGCCUACCUGGCUCUGGUGACCACCGAAGGACUGACCAACGGCCAGCACCCGGUCAGCCGGAGCUACCAAGUGCAAUUCGUCACCCUCAAGACGCCCGACGACGCUGCCGCGGAGCUCCUGGAGUCCAGCGUCCAGAACCUCUUCAAGCAGACGGACCUGCUGGACCUCGUGCGCUGGAAGGUGCUCAGGGACAAGCGCAUCCCGCCCAUGCUGCAGGAGGAGCUGGACGACAAGGUGCACGCCUCGGGCUCCACCUACCUGUGGCGCUUCAAGCUCUUCCUGUUCCGGGUGCUCUACCAGUCCCUGCAGAAGGCCCCGGCCGAGGCCCGCUGGAGGCCCUCGCACGAGGUCUCCAAGGUCUUCAUCGCGGACGACGAGGGGGAGCCGGACGGCGAGGGGCCCGGCGGCUCGGAGGGGCCGGGGGCGGCGGGCCUGGAGGACGGGGGGGGCGGGGCCUCGGAGGAGCAGAUGAGCGAGAUCAUCGCCUGGAUCGAGGCUGUGGAGUCGCACCUGACCCGCGAGCACAUGAAGAGGGUGCUGGGGGAGGUGUACCUGCACACCUGGAUCACCGAGAACACCAGCAUCCCCACCCGGGGCGUCUGCGACUUCCUCAUGAGCGACCCCACCUACGAGGACCGCGCGGCCAGGGUGCUGAUCGGACACAUUUUCAAGAAGAUGAACAAACAGACGUUCCCCGAGUACUGCAGCCUCUGCAAGGAGGUGCUGCCCUUCACAGACCGCAGGCAGGCAGUCUGCUGCAAUGGACACAUGUGGCUGAGAUGCGUGCUGUCAUACCAGGCCUGUCAGACACUAACUUACAGAAGGUGUUUGCUACAAGACAGCAUUGCCAGACAUCCUGUACCCAACGACCCUGACUGGAUAAAGAGGAUAUUGCAGGGACCCUGCACUUUCUGCGAUUCCCCUCUCUUCUAGCGGAAGGACAGGGAUUUUGGGGGGAUGAAAUGGGAGAGACUGCUUGAGGCAAUCAAAAACUUGUUCUCAGCUCGAUGGACUAGUUAGAAAACGGACUUCUGCUUUCCUUUUUUUUUUCUCAUCCUGCAUUAUUUGGGGAAGAAAACGAGGAUUAAAGUAUCUCUUUAAAAAUGUAUAGAAAUGUUCCAGGUAAAAUCGGAAUUCUGGAACCAUAGGUUCCUACAUUAAAGGACUGAGAAGGUAGCAGUUUUCCCAGUAAAUUGUAAACCUCAUCCAAGUCUUUAUUAAGAACACAUUUACAGCUGGUAUUCGUAGAAUCCUGUAUUUCAGAAUGUGGUUCCGUCACUUAUCGUCAAAGUUAAAGGGCAUUCCCAUUUGACUCUGGCAUCUGAGAAUUGCAUUUUCUAAUGCAGGAUCAGACCUGGAAUUUCAGAGUGACGUUUUCAUUGCUUUAUCCUCCUGGCCUUUGGAACAAGUGCAGGAAUGGAAGUUUGCCCCGAUCAUUCAGUCAGUGCACUAAGCGAGCUCCCAAAAGAGGACCUUCUUGCAUAAAAAGAAAGAAAAAAAAAACCUCAGUUAAAAACUAAUUUGGUCACCCUCCUGGGAUUCUUACUAAUGAGAUUCUACAGUAAUGAGGGACAGAUCCUGCCAGCAGAUGUGAGACUAAUUUUAAUUAAAGGGGUUAGAGUGCAUAUUGUUAAAUAUGAUUAACCCUUUUCUGAGAACACGGGCCUGGGGAAAAUGUACAGGACAUGCCAUUCGUAACUGCUUUCCACAACACCAAGGUUUGUGGCCUUACAUCAGAAACAGCCGUGUGCCUCAAAGCCUUAGAGUAAAGUCAGUCUGCCCAGCUGCACAGGGGACAGUGAAACAGCCCCUAACACUCAUCUGAUCUUUGCAUGUGCUUUUCUAAAGGCUGGGAAAAAGUCCUGUGUGAAGUUGCUCUUUUGCAUCACUUGUUUAGGGCCUGUAAGAAUUAUAGGAAACUAGGCACAGAAAAAUCAUUGACUAAAAAGGGUGGUUCACGCAAAUUUGGGGAAAAUGUGUGGUUUGAUUUUUUUUUUUUUUCCUUUUUGGAAGAGCUGCUCUGCAAGCCAGUGAAACAUUGUUUUUUUUUUCCCCAAGUGCAACCAAAUCAUAAAUAUACUCCAAAAACGCUUCUUUAACUGAGAAUAAUGUACCUUCCGUUUUCAGGUUUGAUGUAUUUUGUGUUGGAGGAUGUACUAGUGAAUUAUGAGUGAAAAUGGAUUUGGAGUUCAUUAUAAUUCCUAAUUAAUCUCUUGACUAGUAAAAGGCUCUUAAGAAAUUAAAAAGGGCCAGGUCAGUUUUCCAAAAUCCAUUGAUAUUGUAGCGUUAGUUGCAAAUCGGGUAUAAAAGGAUUCCUACGGAGAUAUGAGGAUAUUAUUCUGAAAGCAAAAUGUCAGCAAUUUUUUAUUACAAUCCCAGCAUGUAAGCUAUUAUGUCCUCCAAAGUGUUUAUUAAAUCACCCCCUAAAUGGUUUUAUUCCAUGAGAAGUGGAGAUCGGUGAUAAGAAGACUAAAAGAGAAGUGAUCAGUGGGGUUUGUUCUGCUUAUCUGGUUGACAGUAGUUUGAGGGGAAUCUAAGGGUUUCUUCAUUGUGAACCAUCAUCUUUCCUUUAAACAUUAAUUUGAUUAAAAAAACAUUGGAAAUAUACCUACAGUCUUGAAUGCAGCUGCCUCCAGCGUGCCUUUACUGUAUUUUAAAACGCAAUUUUUCAUUUUAUGUUCAGUUCAAACGAUCGAAAACAAAAGCCAAGGAAAAACUUGCGCAUUAGAUGUGUAGCGAAAUAGCAGUUCUUGCCAAACCUUCAGACAUGUGAUGCCAAAAUACAUUUGACGAAACGAACGGCAGCGCUGUAAAAAAAUCUGAAACGUGACGCAAAAGAGUCAAUGGCAGCAGGUCAGGGGGUGUUUUUUUUCGUUUGUAAUAUAAGUUACUCUGAUAAGUAAUGGAUAUCUUCUGAGCCCAUUUUUUAAGCUAGUAUUUUCCCACUACUGUUAUCCUUUAUGCCAAGGAGGUCCUACAAAUAAAGGAAGCUUUUCAUGCAUUGAUUACAUAUACUAACUCCGAAGACCUCCAGAGGCUUCUGUUUGUACAGGACUUUACAAAUUCUUGUCAGUGGUGCUUUUCGCAGGAAGAAAUGGGGGGUCAUCUCUUCAGGGCUGGAAGGCCCCAAAAUUAUUGCAUUGCCCCAUUAUUUUUUAGCCAAGAAUUUAUUUUUUGUUGUUGUUCUUGUAAAUAAACUCGUUUUUAAGUCUUUUGUACGCUGAAAAUGUAGUCACCUUGUUUUCCAAAUAAAAACCCAUCUGCCUAUUGGUGGGGAAUAUGA